GUGAAGUGUUCGAAUUUUGUCCAUAUGCGUUUCAUAGCUUGUUCUGUACACCUCAAUGUUGAUUGGUUUUUAUUGACUUGAAAUUUGUCAUUGUUUACACAACCAAAAUAAAGAAGCUCCACGACCAAACCAUCCAGCUCAGAGAACAAAACUCCAUCAAAACCUUGUUUUUUUUUUUUUUUUUUAGUUGUCAAUUCUUGUCUUCAGGUCACUACUCAUGAAUGAGAAUAGUACCUAUGAGACUUCAAUGCAAGUUUAAAACAGGUUAAAAUAAGGUGACUUGAUUUCCUGUUCCUCACCACCAACUUGAAAUUGGCAUACAAUAUCCAUUCCUAUUCUUCAUUUCAAUCCAAUGAAAGAAGAUAGAAUUCUCUAGAAUGUAAGACAUAACAACAAAUUAACCAAUCAACAUAAAGUAAUGUUAAUGAUUAACCAAUAGAAUUUAAAUAAUGGAUGUUCAAUAAACUAUAUAAUACAGAAGGCGGCCAUAUUUGUUAGAUUCAUUUCGGAUUUUCGUUGUGUUACGUGUGUUUUUGUGCCGUUACUUUCGAACGUUAUCAAAAUGCGUGAAUGUAUCAGUGUACAUGUUGGUCAAGCUGGUGUACAAAUGGGAAAUGCUUGUUGGGAGUUGUAUUGUUUAGAACAUGGUAUUCAACCUGAUGGACAAAUGCCAAGUGAUAAAACUAUUGGAGGUGGUGAUGAUUCGUUCAACACAUUCUUCAGUGAGACAGGAGCUGGAAAACAUGUACCACGAGCUGUUUUCGUAGAUUUAGAACCAACUGUAGUGGAUGAAGUGCGAACUGGAACUUAUCGUCAACUUUUUCAUCCAGAGCAAUUAAUAACUGGUAAGGAGGAUGCUGCUAAUAACUAUGCUCGCGGUCAUUAUACAAUUGGGAAGGAGAUAGUGGACUUAGUUUUGGAUCGUAUUCGCAAGUUGGCUGAUCAAUGUACUGGACUUCAAGGGUUUUUGAUUUUCCAUUCAUUUGGUGGUGGUACUGGUUCUGGGUUCACAUCUUUAUUGAUGGAACGUUUGAGUGUGGAUUAUGGCAAAAAAUCGAAAUUGGAGUUCGCCGUGUAUCCUGCACCGCAGAUUGCUACAGCCGUAGUUGAACCAUACAAUUCUAUUUUAACUACACAUACAACAUUGGAACAUUCUGAUUGUGCUUUCAUGGUUGACAACGAGGCCAUUUAUGAUAUUUGUCGACGAAAUCUAGACAUAGAGCGUCCAACCUACACAAAUUUAAAUCGCCUAAUUGGUCAGAUAGUAAGUUCCAUUACUGCAUCACUGCGCUUCGAUGGCGCGCUAAACGUGGAUUUGACGGAAUUCCAAACGAACCUGGUGCCUUAUCCUCGUAUCCACUUCCCGUUGGCUACCUAUGCACCAGUAAUUUCAGCUGAAAAGGCUUACCAUGAGCAAUUAAGCGUUGCAGAGAUCACAAAUGCAUGCUUCGAACCAGCAAAUCAAAUGGUGAAGUGUGACCCUCGUCACGGCAAAUAUAUGGCGUGCUGUAUGUUAUAUCGUGGGGACGUUGUCCCUAAGGAUGUAAAUGCUGCUAUAGCAACAAUAAAAACUAAACGUACUAUCCAGUUUGUGGAUUGGUGUCCAACAGGUUUCAAAGUAGGCAUAAACUACCAACCACCAACAGUUGUUCCUGGUGGUGAUUUGGCAAAAGUGCAACGUGCCGUCUGUAUGUUGAGUAAUACAACCGCGAUAGCCGAAGCUUGGGCGCGUCUAGAUCAUAAGUUUGAUUUGAUGUACGCAAAACGUGCAUUUGUACACUGGUAUGUUGGUGAAGGUAUGGAGGAAGGUGAAUUCUCUGAAGCCCGUGAAGAUCUGGCCGCACUUGAGAAAGAUUACGAGGAGGUCGGUGUUGAUAGUGUUGACGGAGAGGGUGAAGGGGAAGGCGAAGAGUAUUAGGUUUCACUUCUUUGGAUUGUUAUGUUUCUGUUUGUUAUUCGUUCCUAAUAUACUUAUCUUAUAACUA